AUGGUUGAAUUGAAGAAGCUCUUGAUCGGUGGUCUCGCCGCCACGGCGAUGCUCGCGGACGGCGCGCACGCGUUCACCAAGUACAGCGAGAUGUCGUCGAACACGCUCGGCGUGACGACGACGAUCGACGGCGGGGCGUGCGCGGCUGGUUCGAAAGCGCAGGGUGGUUUGAACUCCAUCAACGUGGCGUGGACCGGUGCUUCCACGACGUCGGGGAACACGAUGAUGGUGAAGUUGUGCUACGACGACUCCGAACUCGCCUCCAAGCCGUGGCGCAAGAAGAAAGACAUCGUCAACAAGAACAAGCGAUGCAAGCAAACCGUGGUCGAGGCCGACUAUCUCAAAGCGGGCAUCACGGGCGGGUCGGCGACUGGUAACGUCGACAUCCCGCUCCCGUUGAACAUCGCGCCGGCCAAGUACUUUAUCCAAGUCUUGGAAUCGGACUCCAGCGGCUACGUGCGAUACGGCGACGAUUCUUCUUGCACCUUCGAAGUCGUCACCUACGACCGCUUGCCGCAAGCGCUCGUCGGCACGAUGAGCUUCUUCAUCGCGUUCUCUAUCAUCGUCGCCACUGCCGGUACGAUGUACGAUUACAAGAAGCAAAACGCCGCCGCAGCGCAAUAUGCGUAA